CGGGGACGCGAUGGUGCCAUAUUGGAUCCAGUCUGGGAUGUCGGCUUCUCUCGGCUUCCCUGUCAGAUGCCAGGCUGUUCUGCGCCGAAUUGCACCAAUAGAACAGAGACCGGAUACCGAUUGUUCAGAUUCCCCGCGGAUGCAGGAAGACGGACUCGCUGGGCAUUGAAUUGCUUGUGGGAACACGCCGGACAUAGUGAAUGGGACCCGCCCGACUCGGCACGUUUAUGCGAGGGGUUCUAGCUCCAUAUUUCCGCCACACGGCAGACGGAGUGGCUCAUGUCAUCCCGACGUUACGUUGUCAUAUCCCAGAAAGCACUUGGAUUGCCUGUCGGGGUGGAAAGAGAUCGCCGCUACCGCCAUCCAAACCCCAUCCCACGCUUUCAGGCUCUGAACCCGCUAGCACCGCUCGGCCAACAAGCACAGUUCCGACCCUUAGCGUUCGCGCCUCGAAUUCCAGAUUCCCAAAGGAUCCAAAAUCAGCUAGAUUGAUUGAGAAGGAGGAGAAUGCAUGGAUGCAUUCCAUGGAUGAAUUCUUCUGUGAGAAUCAUCAGAAGGAAGAACCUGAUAGAGGGGUGUACCAUGACGGGAUUCGACUAGCGACUGAUUCUUGA